GUUGUAACAUGUCACAGAUAAAUUAUCAUUUUCAACAAGUGCAAUAUGCUUCCACUAUUUACCUGGUCGCUUGAUAAAGUACUGGUUUAAAUAUGAUAGCCGGAUGAAUAAUGAUUUUGUUUGCGUACCCACUAAUGAAUUCAUUAUCGCCAAAGGUUAUACGCAUCUGAUGAAGCGCUUUUUUUACUCUCUGAUGUCCACAAGCGAAGUUACCCACGUGUUCAUUUUAUGUUUCGUCUAAUAACGCACAAGAAUAUUCAUGUUUUCGAAUUUUGACCAUGCUUUAACUGAUUGUGGUAUACCGAUAUUACGUACCGGUACGAGUGCAACAUAUUUUAUGCUGCUACUCAAUUGUCCAUAAUGCGAGGUUUUACUUGCGGACAUAAUUCGAUAUGUUUAUGGAUUUGCAUUAUUUUUAUCACAGUUUUGCAUUUAGAGGCUAGCACUGCUAAGUUGGUGCGGAAGAAAUCGGAAGAUGAUGACAGCACCGAAUUAUCCGAUGUGCAACCCCGCUUCAUUUCUAUAAUUCACCAUUUCGAUCACUUUCCCAAGCCGAAAGGGAUGACGACGACGACCGAGGAGCCGGAAGAGACAACAACUGAGGAAACAACCACCACCACUACCACAAAAAGGACAAAGAGGAAGAGAAAGAAAACAACUACGACAACUACAACCACUACCACAGAAGAACCAACCACCACCGAGGAGCCGACCACAACCACGACAACUCCGACUACGACCACUAGAACUACUACUAUACCGACGACGACACCCACAACUACCACCAAAAAGAGAACAAAAAAGCCCACCACCACAACUACCACUACUACUACCACUACACCGACCACGACGACAACCACCACGGAGCUGACAACGGAACAACGCAAUAUAGUGUACUGUGUGAUAGAACGGGCCUACUACUAUGACAGAUGUCCUGUGCAUGUCGCGCAAACAACCAGACGACCCAUGCAGAACCAAGCAGCGGCAGCCGCCGCCGCGGGCGGUGGAAGGGGCGCUGUAGGACCGGGUGGUCACGGGGUACCGGCGCGCGGUGCCGGGCAAGGUACCGGUGCAAGGGGAGGUGGACGGGGAGGCGGUGGCCGUGGACGGGGGUAAAGGUCACAUAUGAACUAUUGCUGUUAACAACGACAUCGUCGUGGCUAAUCCUGAACAUUAAUUUAUCUUUUUGUUAGUGUUGAUGAAUUUAUUGUUGAUGUUAAUCAAUAUUAAAUGGUAAUGCACAUGCGAUUUUACAAGCUUGUUUGUCGGCUAAUUUUUCUAUUUCAAAUAUGACGUGGAGUUGUGCGACUUUUGCGUCAGAAUCGCAACUUUGUAUGUCGGUUUGAAUAUUUACGAGCACAAUUUAUUGCUUUUGUGAUAUACGUUAUUUGCAUCGCCAACAACGAUGAUUUAUUGCUUUUGUUCUACUGCAAGCUACUUGAUGAGAUUAAUAGUAUAUCAUUACCGAGCGAUAUUAGACAGAUUUU